AUGCCGAUCGCGACCAAGACAAGCCCGUACCACCAGCCCCGGCAGCACGACCGGGCGCACGUCGAGUCGACGCCCGCGGGCUCGAGCCUGCCGGUCAUUGUCGUCGGCGCUGGUCCUUCCGGAAUGGCGACGGCGCUCGGCCUCGGCGCGCGCGGGAUCAAGGUCACCGUCCUCGAGGCUGGCACGGCCGCGAGCUACGGCUCGCGCGCGACCUGCUACUCGCGGCACACGCAGGAGAUUGCCGACCGGCUAGGCUACGGCGACUUGCUGGCGUCGCGCGCGGUCGGGUGGGUCGGCGGGCGCAGCUUCUACCGCGACCGCGAGGUGCUGCACUUCACCAUGCCGCACGAGCCGCACAGCUUCCGCCCGCCAAUGGUCAACAUCGGCCAGAGCGAGUACGAGGAGAUGCAGCUGCACGCUGUUGCGCGGAAUCCAAACGUCACGAUCCUGUGGGGCGUGGCCGUCACUGGCGUCGCGCCCGACGCGAGCGGCGUGACAUUGACGGUUGACACGGUCGACGGCGAGCGCACGCUGCGCGCCGACCGCGUCGUGGCGGGCGACGGCGCGCGCAGCAAGGUGCGCAACGCGCUCGGCCUGCACAUGAGCGGCACGGCAUACGAGGGGCGAUAUGUCAUCGCCGACAUUCACUGGAAGUCGCCCCUGCCCACACAGCGCAUGGUGUGGUUCGACCCGCCCAGCAACCCCGGCUCAACGGUCAUCAUGCACAAGCAGCCCGACGACAUCUGGCGUAUCGACUACCAGCUGAGCCCGAAGGACGAUACGACCGAGGAGACGACGCGCGAGGCGGUGAUUGCACGUGUGACCAAGCACCUCGCAUGGCUCGAGAACAACGGCACCAUCACCAAGGAGCCGUGGACGCUCGAGUGGCAGGGAUACUACAAGGCCCUGUCGGUCGCGCUGCCAGAGUUUGUUCACGGGCGCGUCAUCUUUACCGGCGACGCGGCGCACCUCGUCCCGAUCUUUGGCGUGCGUGGGCUCAACUCGGGCAUGGAGGACGGGGACGUGCUCGCGUGGAUGCUGGCCGCCGUCAUCAACGGCGACGCCGACGAGUCGCUCCUCAACGCCUACUCUAUCGAGCGGCGCGACGCAUGGGAGCAGAACAUUGGCAGCGCCAACAAGAGCACGCUGGUCAUGACGCCGAGCUCGGAGGGCUACCGCAUGACGCGCGACGCGCUGCUGCAGGUGUCUGCCGUCAUGCCAGAGUUCAGCCACCUCAUCGACCCGCGCCAGUCGACGGCGACGCACGCGCGGCGCUCACCACUCGCCAUCAAGCUCGACACGCCGGGCCUCAUCUCCGGCGACCCCCUCGAGGACAGGCGGAUCACGCUCGACGGGCGCGACACGAGCCUGCACACGGCGCGCGGGACCGCGUUUGGCGUGUACGCUGUCGGGCCCAUCGACGGUAGCACCGUCGCCGGCGUCGCCGAGCGGCUGCAGCGCGCCCUCCCCCACCAGAGCGUGCACACGCUCGUGCUCAACCCCGGGAAUGACGGAGGCGCAGCGGCCGCAUGGGGCCUCGCGCCGGGCCAGUUCCUCAUCGUCCGACCGGAUGGCAUCAUCCUCACGCGCGGCGACCAGGCCGCCCUGGGUGACAUUGAGGGCGCGCUCUCGGCGGCGCGCAAGGUGCCCGGCAGCCCAGCGCCAGCAUCGCCGGCAUCGCGCGGGACUACGCCCGACCCGGUACGCCUCACCGACGCGCAGAAGGCGCGGGAACAGGUCUGGCUCGAGCUGUCGGCCGCACUAGACGCCAACAGCGCCGGCGCGAACAGCAGCACUGGUGCUGGUGCUGACCGCGAAGCGUUCCUCACCCGCCUCGCGCUUGUGCUCGGUGCCGACGUCGGCCCCGAGCGCCUCGCCGACGUGCUCGCAAAGCUGAGCAUUGUGCAGUAG